AUGACCAAGCCCGAGUCUGUCGAGGCACUCUUGAACCCUUCACUGAGGGUUUCGAGGCCGGUUGCCGCAUGCGCACGGUGUCGGUCUGCCAAAAUCAAAUGUGACGGGAAGCUACCGGCCUGCUCGGCCUGUGAGAGGUCGGGCAAAGCGACAAGCUGCACGAGCGCCAACGACGAGUUCGCUCGGGGCAAGGAGCGUAGCUAUGUCGCCGCUCUCGAAGCUGCUGCUCAACGGCUGCAGAAAAAGAUCGACAUGGCUCGAGUCGAAGCGGCUGGCCACCAAGCGGCAUCGGGAGCCUCAUCUGCAGGUCGACCGCAACAGAGGCGAAAGAUAAGCGGAGCCCGUCGAAGGGAAGCGUCGGACGUCGAUGAACUGGUGAGCGAUUUUGGGUUUCUGACUGUCAAUGCGACAUCACGCGACUUUCACGGAUUCACCUCGACCAUGUCGUUUGCGAAACUUCUCCUCUCGGCGGCCGCAAGAGACGAGCUACCUCCUCUCGAGAUGCGCGGACUACCACCGCGCUAUGCCAUCACUCCUAUGAUCAACCAAUACCUGGAGAACAUAUUUGUCUUGUUCCCCUUUUUCUCCGAAACGGACCUGAUGGCCAGCCUCUCCCGAAUCUACAAUGAGUCUGCUGCUGUUUCGUCGACGGUGACCCCUCUGGACGUGUGGUAUGUCCGGCUUAUUCUGGCCACUGUCCACGCAGCAAACUCCCAGCGAAAGGGAGACGAGAAUGAUAGUACAGCUCUUCAACACAUGUCGGCGGCUAGAGGCCUUGCGGGUUAUGUGCUCCAUCCAGGGUCGAUUGCUGGUGUUCAAGCUCUGUUGCUGCUAGUUCAGUACUCGUUGGUGGAUCCUGCGCACUAUGACUCCUGGUAUCUCGUAGGAAUGGCUGCCCGCCUCGUCGUCGAUCUAGGUCUCCAUUGCGAGCCAGCGCCGGAAACCAAAAUCAGCAAAAGCACUCUGGAUCUACGACGGAGGAUAUUCCAUUGCACGUACGCAUUCGACCGUCUGGUCAGCAUGUCCCUGGACCGAGCAUUUUCAUUCACAGACGAUUCCGCCUCAGAGGUACCUCUGCCUGAGUCAGUGGCAGAUCCGUCACCGUCCCAAGUCUUCCAACGACUGCUGAAGCCGUCCCUCUACCUGUUUGAUAUUCGUCGGGUCCAGUCAGCGUUCUAUCAGACGACGAGAUGGUCGUCCCGGUCACAAUGGCCGCUAGCCACGGCAGCCACAUAUGCCAGCACAGUCUCUAAUGAUAUUCACGCUUGGUACAGCACCAUUCCACCAACAUUGUCACAGCGUCAUCUUAUGUUGUUCAAUCUUGAACGGCUGUAUUCCCACAUUUUGGUUGUUUCGCCGAAUCAACGAGUUCCUGCAAGCAGCAUGACUGACCUGAACAAAGAACUGGUGUUUGAGUAUUCGGCUCAGUACGCCGACCUCCUACAGCCUAUUGCCCAGGAUAUCAGCUGGCAUGCCUACCUCACCUACGCCGACAUCUGUCGGGCGAAGUACGUCGGGCAGAAGUUUGUGGAAGUCAUGUGGUCUGACUUCGACCGGCUCAUCAAGACCACCCACACUGUCCGAGACGGCUCCCCCCUGGCCAACAAUGUGCCCCUCGACAACGGGCAGCGAGCAACCAUCUGUCUUCGGAAGAUUAUCGAAAUAUUGGACUUCGCACGGCAUCGCUGGGCAAUGCCGGAGAUGCGAGAAAGGUUCGAACAAGAAUCGGCCGUGCUCUUUUCCCGCCUGAAAAGCCGACAGAUGGAAUUUAGUGCUUCGCAGUAUUCCACCAACUCCGGCCUGGUGGGCCCCAAUGCUGGAUACGGGUCGGGCUCAAAUCAGUAUGCAUACGACGGACCAGUUCUAACCCAGCUUCCAAGCCCUCCCAUCAACCAAGACCCUGUCCGAGCGGACGUCCAGCAACAACGUAUGCUCACGCCACCGGAAGAAUAUCACAUGCCGCCAGGGCUUUAUCCCAUGCCACAAGGGACACUGCCUCGGCGCAGCUACGAGUUUCAUGGUGGCCGAAGUUGA